AUGGGAGGCUGCCACGGCAAAACCUGCCUAGAAGCUGGGGGGGCAGCGAGCCUUCCCAACGCUCCCGGCAGCAGCAGCGAAACAGCGACAAGCAGCAGCAGCAGCAGCAGCAGCAGCAGCAGCAGCAGCAGGCCCUCCGGCUCCAUGCUUAUCCUUCCGUUCUCCAUAUGCAACGGCUGCAGCAGCAGAGCAAGCAGCAGCAGCAGCAGCAGCAGCAGCAGCAGCAGCAGCGAGCCCGUCAGCAGCUGUCUCGUUAACAGCAGCACCACGCAAGAAAGCAGCGAGGGAGCAGCAGCAGCAGAAGGAGUCGCUGCUGCUGCAGCAGCAGGCCAGAGCAGCAGGCCUUCAGGAGCAGCAGCAGAAGCAGCAGCAGCUGCUGCUGCUGCAGGCUGCAUGCGCCACGCAACCCCUGCUGCUGCGGCUGCCGCAGCCGCUGCAGCAGCAGCAGCAGCAGAAGCAGCAGCUGCUGCUGCCUCCCCAAAUGAAGCCUUGUGGCCCAUCUUUGAGCUGCGCAUGCAUGCAAAUUCUGAUGAUUAUUUUUCUCCUUUUGCUGCUGCUCUCCCGCUGCUGCAGCUCGAAGACAAAACCCUCAAAAGGCAGCUCAGGGAAAGAGCCACCAACUACGCUUUGAGGUUGAAGCGGCAUAAGUGCACAGCAGCAGCGCCAUUUCUUUUUGCUGCUGCUGCUGCUGCUGCUGCUGCUCAUUGGGUUGAAAAGCAGAUUCUAGGGGUUGUUUCUUUGCCUUUGGACCAUCCCUUUCUGCAGCUGCCGCAGCCAAUUGUCCUCAACUUUGCUGCUUCUCCUGCUGCUGCUCACUUCGUAGUUGCUGCUGCUGCUGCUGCAGGCAGCAAGCUCGGGCUGCUGCAGCGCGCGUUCCCUUCAUCCGUUGCUGCAGCACCUGAUGCCGGCGGCCCCAGUGCUGCUGCUGCUGCUGCUGCUGCUGCUGCUGCUGCUGCUGCUGCGCCCCCUGCUGCUGCCAGCGAGCCGCCUCGAAGGCAUGCUCGCCCUGAAGGGGCUUCAAGCAGCGCUGCUGUGCCAGCAGAAUCGCAGGCCCCACCUGCUGCUGCUGCUGCUGCUGCUGCUGCUGCUGAGCGCGCUGCAACGGCGAGGACAGCAGCAGCAGCAGCAACAGCAGCUGACGAAAGUGCCUGUGGGGCACCAGAGAGUGCGCUUAGUUCCGCAGCAGUUAGUGCAGCAGAAAGUGCCGCUGCUGCUGUUGCUCAGGCAGAAGCAGCAGCAGAAGAGUCCCCUGCUGCUGCUGCUGCAGUUUCAAUGGUUUUCGAGAGGUCGCUGCAGCUGCCAGAAGCAGCCUGGCGCAGCCUAGGGGUGAAGUCCGCAGCAGCAGCAGCAGCAGCAGCAGCACAAGCAACAGCAGCAGAAGCAGCAGCACAAGCAACAGCAGCAGAAGCAGCAGCAGCACAAGCAGCAGCAGCAGAAGCAGCAGCAGCAGCAGUAGCAGCAGCAGUAGCAGGAGGAGCAGCAGCAGUAGUAGAAGCAGCGGUAACACCUGGAGGGAUAGCAGCAGCCAUAGAGGCAGUAACAGCAGCAAGAAGAACAGCAGCAGCAGCAGCAGCAGCAGCAGAUCCUGCUGCUUAUGUGGGACUUGGCGGCUUAAUGAAGACCGCCGUUAAACACCGACGGCUGCAGCGGCUUGGCUCCCCCGUCCUGUUUGCUGCGGGCGCAGCAGCAGCAGCAGCUGAAGCGCACGACGCGCUAAGAGCAGCAACUGGGGGGCCCCCCAGUACCCCCAGUGCUGCUUUUGAGGCCCCUGUGGGGCCCCCCUGGCCCCACAGUUUAUCAAAUAAGGAGGAAAAGAGGGUAAAGAGGCAAAGACACAGAGGCAGCAAGCUGCAGCAGCAGCAGCAGCAGCAGCAGCAGAAGGGAGAAGCAGAAUGCAGCAGCACGAGGACGCAGCCUGCGGAAGUGCUGGAGGAAGAUCCUUUUGCUGCUUUUUAUAUUUUCAAUUUUAAAAACAAAAGACAAAAAAUCAAAAAAGAUGAACAAAAGUGCCCAGCGGCCCGUUGGGGUCCCCCCAAGCCUGCAGCAGCAGGCCAGAAGCAACAGCAGCAAAAGCAGCAGCAGCAGCAGCAGCAGCAGAAGCAUGCCCUUGCUUUCGGAGCUCUAGGCUGCUUCCAGAGAGACAAAAGGGCCCCCAAAAGGGCCCCUUGCUGCUGCUGCUGCAGGGAUGCUGCAGAGGAAAGGCCAUGCAAGCAGAGCCAGGCCGAAGGCCAGCCGUGGGACGCCCCAGCUGCUGCAGCUGCUGCUGCUGCUGCUGCUCCUGCUGCAGCUGCUGCUGCAGCAGCUGCUGCAGCGCCUGCUGCAGCUGCUGCUGCUGAUACCUUCAAAGUGAGUUUUAUCGCUGGGGUGCAGCAGCAGCCUCCCGACAGCAACGGCUUCGACCACUUCUUGCUGGAGCUCUACCCCCUGCAGCAGCAGCAGCAGCAACAGCAGCAGCAGCAGCAGCAAGAUGCCGAGAAGCAGGAGCAGCAGCAGCAGCAGCAGCAGCAAACAGCAAGCGCAAGCAAAGCUGCUUUGUUCUCUGCUGUGCUGCUGUCGCCUUUGCUGCCGCGGGCCCUGGCACUUGGGGGCUACAGCGGGCUGCUGCCUCUUAGCCUGCAGCAUUUGCUGCUGCUGCUGCUGCAGCAGCAAAGCAGCAACAGAGAGAAGGCCGAGUCCCUCAUGUUGGGACAUGAAGCUGUGGUGCUGGGAGUGGGCCCCAUGCGCGGGCGGCGCGGCUUUGUUGCUGCUGUUGACAGCAGCAGCGGCGCUGCGCUGCUGCAGCUGGCAGCAGAGGGGGAAGUGGUAGCACGUGCUGUUGCUGCAGCUGCAGUCUCAGCAGCAGCUGCUGCAGCCUCUGCUGCAUUCUCAGCAGCAGCUGCUGCAAUCUCUGCUGCAGUCUCAGCAGCAGCAGCUGCAGACUCUUCUGCAUCCUCAACAGCAGCAGCAGCAGCAGCUGCUGCUGCUGCAGCUGCUGCUGCAGCUGCUGCUGCUGCUGUCUGCGUCGCUUUGGUCUAG